GCGUUGCAGUGCAGAAUGAAGGUCUUAUUUAUUUACACUCUAUUGUUGAUUGUAGGAGGCAUAAUGCAGUGUCAAGCAUGGAAAAAGAUCACCGUGAUUGAGGGAAACACAUUGAGUCUGACCUGUCCAUGCAAAAACAUUAACAGGGAUGAUCAUGUAGAAUGGAGAAACCCAAGCGACUUACUUAUAUUCUUUAACAGUAAUAAAGUCUUGAAAGACCCAAGAAGCCAAGUGACUUUAACCCAGUCAAAAGUUUCAAUAUCUAUAUCCAAUGUCACAUUUAGAGAUGGAGGCAUUUACAAAUGUCUACAAUACACCAAUCCAGUACUCACAAAAAGAUAUAAAGUAAUAGUUGUGAGUGCUCCAAAGCUGGAAAUGGCACAGCAUGAGGAUAAAACACUUAUUAAAUGCUCAGCUUCAGCACAUGGCCAUCCACCCAAACUCUCAUGGCUUCUGACCAGUGGCUUAGAGAUUGAAGCUAUACCAAACAAUGUGUGGGAAAAUGUAUCCAAGAAAUACAUGACAGAAAGUCUCCUGACUGUAAAGAUUCAUAAGAGAAGAGUUACAGUGAAAUGCUUGGUCCAGCAUUUGGCUCUGCCCGGUCCACCGCUGGUGAACUUCAUCCACUUAGAAAACCAUGCUAUGGAAACAAGCACCAUAUCGGAACAUUUAGGUACCACACUUGGAUCAACUACAACACUGAUCACUCCAACACUUGUCCCACGCAUCAGCAGAAAAACUUCUACUGACAGCCACUCAGAGUCAAAAACCACAAAUGAACAAAGAACUCAUGUCGGCACCACUUCUCGCAAUAGCACAAAGGUAAAUGAAAUAACUGAAUCCACUGAGGGUGCUAUAGCAAAUUUCAGCACAAUCCCAUCCAACUUCACUGCGGAUAAAGGCUGGGAUGAAAGAAAACAUGAAAGGGGAAAUUCAGCCCUGUUGGUGUUUCUGGUCACAUUCCUCAUUAUUUGCCUAGUCGUGGUACUUGCAUUUUUCCUACUCCGCCUCAGGAGAGCGCACAUCGCCUGGAAGAAAGAGAAUGAAGAGUCUGAUCAGUCCGUAGAGAGCAGCAGAUCGAAGAGCAGCAAUGAAGAGAAGCUGAAACAGUCCCAAGAGCAGAGAGGACAAGGCUUUUGGAACACCAAUUUUACAAAGUACAAAGUGGAGGAAAUAUCAGAGACUGAGCCAAAGACUACUUCUGCUGCUGACGAGAAAUCAGUUCCUUCGAAUCAAAAUAUAUCAAAACCUUGUAUCAAAGAAACUGAACUUUAAAAGAUGUGGGGUUUAAUUCCAACCUACAGACCAAACUUGUGUACGGGUGCUAAAUGUGGAAAUGGUUUUUUGCACAUUUUAUAUUUUUAAAAAAAGAUUAUAUAUAUUUUUGAUAGAAAAUGAAUG